AUGAAGCUAUGGACGGAACCCUUUAAUCACAUCCAAGUGCCUGCACCCUCCUCGAUCUCCUCCAUAGAAUAUUCAUUCUUGAAAAACUUAAACACAUCUUCUAAAUGUAUUCAGAAUAAUCGUGAGGAUGAGGAUUCUUUUUCGGCAGAGGCGGUUAUAUCAAGACUCAAAUCAGAAAUUUCCAUGUUUUCAAAAGGCAAUGCUGCUUUGAAACACGCGGAACCUCCAGUCCUUCCAACAACGACAUAUUAUUUGGAUUGGUUUAUAAGCAGGGAUCAAUAUUCCCAGAGAUCUCAAUUCACAUCUGGAGAUGCAAGUGACAUCUUACGGAACUACACAAGCUCUAUGAUUCAUUCUGACGCAAUAAAACAAGUCCCCAUUCUUAUUGACUACCUGAUAACCCUGAUUGAGACAUCAAGAAAAAAAAUUAAUGUUCUAGAUGCCACAUUACGCGAACUGAUAUUGCCGGCCGGUCAUCCCCAGGAUACAAGUCAGGAAGAAAAGUCAGAUUCAAUCAUCAUGGCGCAUCAGCUAAUCUCACUAAUUGACAGGGAGGAAAAAUUGAUUGACAAAUAUGGCCUGCUGCGGUCCAAGCUUGUCGACAUUGACAAGCUAAACGAGAAGCUACUUCGGAAGCUUUGGAGAUACAGAGUCAAGACAGAACGAUCUCGACCUUUUCAUCCUUCAUAA